AUGAUUAAAAGUUUGUCGAACAUUGCUGGAGAAGAAGAAGAACAAAAAGAAAUCAAAAAUGUUGAUUUGUCAACAUCAGUAGUUGAUGAAAUAAGUAUUUAUAAUAUACACACCAAAUUUCAGCAUAACAUUAUCUUAUUUUGGAUAUCGGUUACGGUUAUACUUUCCCCUUUUGCCGACACUAUAUUUUUACCAGCAAUACAUACUAUAGCACUAGAUUUGAAAACAAAUGAUGAACUUGUUACUCUUACUGUGUCUGUAUCUCUGAUUUCUAAUGGUAUCAGUUGUCUUAUAUGGGGUGUCAUUUCUGAUCGAUAUGGUCGAAACAUAACAAUGCGAAUUGGUUUAGCAUUAUUUAUUAUAUUUUCGAUUAUUUGUGGUUGUGCACCAAACAUUACAGUUUUAAUUAUAUUCCGUGUACUACAAGGCGCUACGGUAUCCGUCACAGUGAUUGUUGGACAAGGUGUGAUAGCCGAUAUUUAUCCUCCUGGUGAACGUGGAUGGGCUACAGGUAUUUUUUUUGUACCAGUUUUGGUAGGAGCCGUAGGGGGACCUGCAAUUGGUGGUCCACUAACAUAUUUUUUUGGUUGGAGAAGUACGUUUAUUUUAUUAGCUAUAAUUUCAAUUUUUAUACUAGUAGCUCAUGUGUUAAUUAUUCCGGAAACCCAUCAGUAUAAAGUUCUUGUGAAAUACUCAGAAAAGACAAUAAUUGAAAGUAGAGAUAUUUCAGAGCCGAGACUUGUUAAACCAUGGUUACCGUUAAUCUAUUUAACUGAUUUAACAAUUCUACUGUAUAUAGUAUCUGCAACCGUACCGUUUGCAUUCAUGAUGACUGAUCAAACUUUGUUAACAACUUUAUUAGCCCAAAAGCCUUACUCCUUUAAUGAAAUACAAACUGGUGUAUCAUUACUUCCCCUAGGUCUGGCUGCGAUUAUUGGGUGCUUCCUCGGAGGGGCAUUAUCUGACAAAGCAAAUCAUUACUAUACAAAUAAUAUACCAGAAGGUCGAUUAGUACCAGGACUUAUAGGUCUUAUUUUGGUUCCAUUUGGACUCGCCAUGUAUGGCUGGAGCUUUUAUUUUAGAUUAAACGCUAUUUUGCCAAUUCUAAGUGCCACUAUAGUAGCAUUCGGACAAUCCAUAUAUCGUCCAGGAGUUUCUUCAUAUUUAACCGUGACAAAGCAACAACAUGCAGCAACUAUUGUCUCUGUAAAUACUUUCUUAAAUCAUUCUAUCGCAGGGAUAUCCAUUUUAGUAGCGGUACUCAUUUAUCCUACAAUUAAUAUAGGCAUGUUUUUUACAAUUCUAUCUGGUAUUAAUAUAGCUGCCAUUAUACCAGCGUGUGCAUUAACAGUUACAAGAAUACGGUCGUAUAAUAAAAACUAUCAGCCCAUAUGA